AUGGCAUAUAGAUUAUUGUCAACAACGUGUAAUAGGCGGAUAGAGAAGGCACUUUUGACAUGUUAUAAGAAAAAUCAAUCAUCAAUAGAUUUAAAGCUUAAACAUGAUUUAGCAUUUCUCGUAAGAAAUGGAAAUAAAACGUCCUUAUUUGAAGCAUUUUUAAAUGAAGUAAGAAUUCUGAUGUCAAGUGAUGGUCCGAAAGGUUUUGAUAAAUUUUUCAAACCACCAAAAUCGACUCAAUCGGCAUCAAGUGAUCAACAGACCAAUGAAAAAUCCAGUGAAAAGCCAGCUGAUUCGUCCAGUAAGCCACCAACAUCAAAACCAUCGUCAUCAGCUAGCAGUAGCAAUAAAUCAACACCAGAUUGGAAUCUUGGAAUGUUCAGUCCAACACCUUCAAAAGGUAGUCAAAAUCAAGGACAAGGACGUCCAAUUCCUCCUGGUAAUGAGCAGAAUCCUGAUCAGAACAAAAUGAUUUUCUAUGCUGCUAUGGGUUUUGUUGCUUUAAUUGGCGCUCUCAUGUACUUUGAGUUAGGCUAUAAAGAGAUUUCAUGGAAAGAUUUUAUAAACAAUUAUCUUGGCCGUGGAAUAGUUGAAAGACUAGAAGUUGUAAACAAAAAGUGGGUCCGAGUGAAGCUUGCGCCUGGAAACUCGACUGAUGGUGUUCUAUGGUUUAAUAUUGGCAGUGUCGAUUCGUUCGAAAGAAAUCUAGAGAAUGCACAGGCUGAUCUUAAUGUUGAGCCUGUUAAUUAUAUUCCAGUAAUUUAUAAAACCGAAAUUGAAGCAUCAAGUUUGACUGGUUUGUUGCCAACAAUUUUAAUCAUAGGAUUCUUAAUUUAUAUGAUGAGAAGAUCUGCCGAUAUGAUGGGCGGUGGACGAGGAAAGAAAGGAGGUGGAUUAUUUGGUGGUGUAAUGCAGUCAACUGCUAAAUUCAUCAAUCCAAGCGAAAUUGGAGUGAAGUUUUCUGAUGUGGCUGGAUGUGAGGAGGCUAAAAUUGAAAUUAUGGAGUUUGUAAACUUUUUAAAGAAUCCACAGCAAUAUAUUGAUUUAGGAGCAAAAAUUCCGAAAGGAGCACUGUUGACUGGACCACCUGGAACUGGUAAAACUCUUUUGGCUAAAGCAACGGCUGGAGAAGCAAAUGUUCCUUUUAUUACUGUUUCUGGUUCCGAAUUCUUGGAAAUGUUUGUUGGUGUUGGUCCAUCUCGUGUUCGUGACAUGUUUGCAAUGGCUAGAAAGCAAGCUCCAUGCAUUUUAUUCAUUGAUGAAAUCGAUGCUGUUGGCAGAAAACGUGGAGGAAAAUCCUUCGGUGGACAUUCUGAGCAGGAAAAUACAUUAAAUCAGUUGCUAGUCGAAAUGGAUGGCUUCAAUACCAGUACAAAUGUUGUUGUUUUAGCUGCUACAAAUCGUGUUGAUAUUCUUGACAAAGCACUUUUGAGACCUGGACGUUUUGAUCGUCAAAUCUUUGUUCCAGUGCCUGACAUUAAAGGAAGAGCAUCAAUCUUUAAGGUCCAUUUGUCAAAUUUAAAAACAGAUUUAGAUAAAAUUGAAUUAUCAAGAAAAAUGGCAGCUUUAACCCCUGGAUUUUCUGGGGCUGAUAUUGCUAAUGUUUGUAAUGAAGCUGCUUUAAUUGCUGCACGAGACCUCAACACAUCAAUUGUAUUGAAACAUUUUGAACAAGCUAUUGAAAGAGUUAUUGCUGGAAUGGAAAAGAAAACAAAUGUUUUGUCACCAGAUGAAAAGAAAACAGUUGCUUAUCAUGAAGCUGGACAUGCUGUUUGUGGAUGGUACUUGGAAUAUGCAGAUCCAUUAUUGAAAGUUUCAAUUAUUCCAAGAGGUAAAGGUUUGGGCUAUGCUCAAUAUCUUCCAAAAGAUCAAUAUUUAUUGUCUAAGGAACAACUUUAUGAUCGAAUGUGUAUGACACUUGGUGGACGUGUUGCAGAAGAAUUAUUUUUCGGACGUAUCACAACUGGUGCUCAAGAUGAUCUUAAGAAAAUUACAGAAAGUGCUUAUGCACAAAUCGUCCGAUAUGGAAUGAAUGAUAAGGUUGGAAAUGUCAGUUUUGAUAUGUCACAGCCUGGCGAUCCAAUGUUUAGUAAACCAUAUUCUGAACAAACAGCACAAAUAAUUGAUGAAGAAGCAAGAGCGAUGAUCACAGAAGCUCAUAAGAGAACAACAGAGCUCCUGACAGCUAAGAAAGUUGAAGUCGAAAAAGUGGCAGAAAGACUUUUAAAAAAUGAGACUUUAAGUCGCGAUGAUAUGAUUGAAAUUUUAGGAAAACGACCAUUUAUUGAGAAAUCAACAUAUGAGGAAUUCGUUGAAGGAACUGGAAGCUUUGAGGAGGAUACAACACUUCCAUCGGGUCUCGAAAGUUGGAAUAAGGAACGUGAGAAACCUGAAACAAAUACAAAAGAGAAUGAAAAGCCAGCAAAAUAG